AUGCUUAUUAAUUUCAUUAUUUUCAUAUUAACGGAUUACCGGACCUCAAAUGCAGAUACCCUGAUCAUUCCAGAUGGAACAUCUCAAAUAAAUUACGACCAAUUUGCAAAUCGGGAUGAUUUCAUAGCAAUAACUUUUCCAAAAUCGUUAAAAUCCAUUGGUAAGAAUUCAUUUUAUAACUGUACAAGUUUACAAAGCCUUGAAUUACCUCCAAACAUAGAAGUUAUUUCAAAGUAUUCAUUUGCGCUUUGUACAAGCUUAAAAGUAGUCACAUUUAGUUCAACUAUUACAACUAUUUUAGACCAUUCGUUCUACAACUGUUAUAAUCUUGAAACGAUAAUUUUUCCUUCUUCGAUUUCAGAAAUUGCUGACUAUACAUUUUACAAUUGCGAAAACCUAGGUCAUAUAUCUUUUCCAAAUACAAUUAGUCAAAUUGGAUCAUAUGCAUUUUUUAAUUGCUCAAAAUUAACUUUUGAUUCAUUACCAAAAUCUCUAAUCGAGAUUAGAAAUGAUGCGUUUAAGUAUUGUUAUAGUAUUGAAAGCCUUGAAAUACCAGAAAAACUAGUAACCAUUUCAUGGGAAUCUUUUGCGUACUGUGAAAAUUUGAAAAGUGUAAAAUUUCAAUCAAAAAAUGUCGAAAUUGCCGAUAGAUCAUUUCAGAAUUGUACAAGUCUCAAAACUGUUCAAUUUCCUUCAUCAUUGAAUAUGAUUGGCGAAAACGCUUUUUCCAUGUGCAUUAAUCUCGGUAAAGUUUCUUUCCCAGAUACAUUACAACAUAUAAGAAAGCAAGCAUUUUAUCAUUGUUUCAAAUUAACAUUUGAUUCAUUUCCAGAAGGCAUUAAAAUUAUUCGUGAAGAAGCGUUCCAGGAAUGUAACAGUAUAACCAAUUUAACUUUUCCAACAUGCUUAGUUUCGGUUGGUAAAUGCUGUUUUGCAAAUUGCGCUCUUUUAGAAAGAAUAGAGUUUUUAUAUACUACAAUAGAACACAAUGCAUUUUCGAUGUGUCAUAAACUAUUUGAAGUUAAACUCCCUUCAAAUCUUAAAGUAAUUAAUGAAUUCACAUUUAAAGAAGAUAUUUCAUUGAAAUCGAUUUAUAUUCCAGAAUCAGUUUAUCAAAUUGGACAAGGAGCUUUUCGAGAUUGUAUUAAUUUGAUCGACAUUAAUCUUCCAAAGGGUCUCAAUAAAACCGAAAAAUACGCAUUCACAAACUGUUCUUCAUUAGAAAAAUCAGAUUUCCAGAGAGUUUGGUCAUUAUUGAAGAACAUGCAUUAG